CGCGGUGCACUGCGUAGCGGAGAUCCGGACCCCGGCGGGAGCCAGCAUGGCGUCUGAGCGUAAAACUAAGUUGUCCAAGAAUUUGCUGCAAAUGAAGUUCAUGCAAAGGGGACUGGACUCAGAAACUAAGAAACAACUAGAAGAGGAAGAAAAGAAAAUCAUUAGUGAAGAGCAUUGGUACUUGGAUUUACCAGAGCUUAAAGAGAAAGAGAGUUUCAUAAUAGAAGAGCAGAGUUUCUUGUUAUGUGAAGAUCUUCUCUAUGGAAGAAUGUCAUUCAGAGGAUUUAAUCCUGAGGUUGAGAAAUUAAUGCUUCAGAUGAAUGCUAAGAACAAAGCAGAAGAAGUUGAAGAUGAAACAGUGGAGCUUGAUGUCUCAGAUGAAGAAAUGGCUAGAAGAUAUGAGACCUUGGUGGGGACAAUUGGGAAAAAGUUUGCCAAGAAAAGAGACCGUGCCAAUUAUGAAGAAGAUGAAAAUGGAGACAUAAAACCAAUUAAAACAAGGAAGAUGUUCUUAAAGCCCCAAGAUUAAAAUGUAUGCCUUAAGAUAUGGCUCGGAGAUGCCUUGUGAGAGUUAACAUAUUUUGGAACGCAUUCCAAUGGUUUCUCUAUAGUUAUUAAUAUUGUAAUGUUUAUAUGUAAAGAAAUGUAUAAUUUUGGAAACAUGCUGUUUUUGAAACAGAUGUAUGAUGGAUGUUAUACAUCCUUUGCUUAAUAUGGUAUUCAUCAAGAGUGGAUUUUUAGCCCUUGAUCUUCAAAUGUACAAAGGCAAUGUUUGCGUCCUAAAAUUUUUUUUACCCCAGAUUAUUUUUAAAUAUAUCUUUUCAAUUGCUGACCUUAAAUUGACACAUAACUUAAUAAUAGUGUUUAAAUUGUCCUUGUGUUUGCAUUUAACUUUAAAUUAUUAAUGUUGUCAUUUCAUACAUUUUGGAAUCAAAUGUCGUGAGGAUUUAUUCUACAUAAAUUCAUCAAGAACAAGCAUGCCUUUCUAGCCUAAAAUAUUUGCAUGCGACCAAAUCAGUCAGUUUGUGGAAUUAAGCGGUUUUGUUUAAAGCUUUUAAUUAAUAAGAAAAAAUAAUGUUCUGUAAUAAACAUCUGUUUUCAUAUA